UUCGAAACCAAUAAUUUACAUACUAUUGCCCGUCGUUACAAGGGAGAAACAUAGAAUCCUUAUCAUUUGAACAGAUUGGUGACAUAAUUUGUUGAAUUUGACGUAAUAUUGUAAUAUCAAUCAGGAGCGCGGUGUUACAGGAAUGACUAUCUUAUUUUCUUUUUUGGCACUUUUCGGCCUUUUUGUGCACAGUGAAGCCACCCGAUGUUUCGAGUGUCGGAAUGUUCCCUAUCCACGCGACUGUGCCAAAGUUAGAACAUGCAAUUCUGAUGAGUAUUGUUCCACAGAGCAGAUAGUAACAACAAGCGGUAACAUUGUGUAUAACACUGGUUGCUUGUCCAAGUCGAAAUGUUCAACUGUUAGUGGAUUGUUAGUUGGUAAAAGGUCAUCAGUCAUCCAAAGAAGUAGCACCGACUUAUCUACAUGUAUAGAAUGUUGCACAGGAGACUUCUGCAAUAAUCAGGGAUGCGGAACACACACCUCUCCUCUUGGUCAACGAGGCCCCUAUUGUUUCAACUGCGAUUCAAUUCUAGACCCCAAAGCUUGCAGCGAUGUUGCCGUGUGUGAAGUUGAUGAGAAAUGCAUGUUGUACUCCCCUGCAGAAUUCAGUGGCCUUCCUGAGGUUGUAUACAGGAGUCAGUGUGAGACUAAAGUGGCUUGUGAUAUUCUGUCUCAAGCUGCCAGCAACUACGCUUGCCCACCUUCAUGUUGUGAUUCUGACUUCUGUAAUGAUCAAUGUGGUACGCCUUCCAACAACAACAUGACCACUCCACUUCCUCAAACAACGACAUUUCAUAUUCCAACCCAGCCAGCAGCACAUAUAACAACCCAGCAACCAGUUGUUGUAACGUCUCAAGCUUCGUGUAAGGUCAACCACUACUACGAUGACCUUACGGGGAUGUGCAUCAUGAUUGACGAAACACGCAAGCUGAACCACGCUGACGCUUUGAAAGCCUGUGAAGACAUUGGAGAUCAGCUGGUUACAAUAGACACGCACGAAAAGACCGUGUUUGUUGAAAAUAUGAUAUUGCGGCACUCGCAAUUAUCGGACGAGUCAGAGCAAAAUUACUAUAUUGGUGCUUUUGACAAGCACGACAACAGCGUUUUCUACUGGCCAAAUGGACAUAAAAUAUACUACACAAAUUGGGGCGGGGGUGAUGAGGUGGCUCCCAACCAGCAGCCGGAUGACCGAAGCGAUAAGCCUCAAAACUGUGUGAUAGUGUACGGACCAGAUCGUUACCGCUGGCAUGACGAUAAAUGUGAACAUUUAUCGCAUUUUAUUUGUGAAGAUCGUUCAACAUUGAACAUGAACAUAGUUCAUCAAACUGGAGCCACCGAUUCAACAAACAUUCCACUGCCUACAGUCGGUAGUAACACAUUUCAUUGCAAUGCGCAUAAUGGAUACAUGCAUUUGCAAGGGGAAGGCACUCAUCUUUGCGUACAUAUUGUGACACAUCAUGCUAACUGGGACUCCGCACAAGCAGCAUGUAAGAAAGAAGGCGGUGAUCUCGUUGUCUUGGAUACAACAAGCAAAGCAAAGUUGAUGAGGAGUAAAGUAAGCGGACACUCAUAUUCCAGUCAGAGCGGUUACUGGAUAGGAGCAAAGGACUUUCAUUCACAUAAUCACUUCUCAUGGGUAAAUGGGCAGCCAGUUACAGACGGGGAUUGGUAUCCAGGCCAGCCUAACCACCACGAUGGAGGGCAUGACCAGAAUUGUGCUUGUAUGUGGAGUUCCGGGGAGCACUUUCACUGGCACGAUGACUAUUGCCAAAAAGGUCUUGGUUAUAUCUGUGAACGAAAGUAGAACUUUGACAAGUUCAUUAAAAUGAAAGCAUAAUAAAAUAAGUAAAUUUA